GCACGGUAACGCAUUCUCCCCUGAAUGCGCGGUCCUGACGCAACAAGUCUCCUAUCUGGUAUCCCACUCUUCUCCACUCCACGAUUAUGCGCCGUCUGUCAGGAACUCGAUUUAUUUUAACAUGGGGAAGGUCCGGACACUUUCUAAGUCAAUUCGAUUAUGCAUUUAAAAGGAUUUCAAAUCGCAACCUUCGGACCGCUCCGUACCGCUAUGGAACAUUCUGAAGUCUAUUAAAGGACGGAGAAGAUCGAAGCAGCUAGCGGUGGACUUUAUUCUUUUUUACUUUAUACUUUUCUGCGGUUUUCUUGAUUUCAUGUCUAUGGAUACUUUUACGGAGGUCAGUCGGUAGAUUAUGCAUUCCCCAGGAUGGGUGCGAACAAUGGCAAACAGAGUGGGAGUGAAGGCAAGGGCAGUUCAAGCAUUUCCUCCGACCUGAGUUCAAGUACGGACCAGACAUCGGCCAAGGCUCCAAAGAAUGCGGCUACCAGCGAAGACUCGGACAUCAGUAUGCGGACGCUGAGCACGCCCAGUCCUGCUCUGAUCCUCCCGUGCUCCUCCCCUCCCCUCUUCAAUGGCUCUUCCACUUCCUCUUCCUCCUUCACUGCGGAAACCAUCGCCAUGGUGCACUCUCCGCCCACAGGCCUCACACACCCACAGCGGGGCCUGUGGCAGCCCAAGGACCAGCAGGGGGCGCCCAUCGACAUCCUUCCUGACCACGCCUUCCUGCAGAUCUUUGCGCACCUGCCGACCAACCAGCUGUGCCGCUGCGCCCGCGUGUGCCGCCGCUGGUACAACUUGGCGUGGGACCCACGCCUGUGGAGGACUGUACGCCUGACCGGAGACGUGCUGCAUGUGGACCGUGCUCUGCGUGUGCUCACACGCAGGCUCUGCCAGGACACUCCCAACGUGUGCCUGACCCUGGAGAUGGUGGUGGUGAGCGGAUGCCGGAGGCUGACCGACCGUGGGCUCUACACGGUGGCCCAGUCCUGCCCGGAACUCCGCCGCCUGGAGAUAGCCGGAUGCUAUAACGUCUCCAACGAGGCUGUGUUCGAAGUGGUCUCGCGAUGCCCUAACCUGGAACACCUGGACAUCUCAGGUUGCUCUAAGGUGACCUGCAUCAGUCUGACGCGUGAGGCGUCCAUCAAACUAUCUCCUUUACAUGGCCAGCAGAUCUCCAUCCGCUACCUGGACAUGACUGACUGCUUCGCCCUGGAGGACGAGGGCCUGCACACGAUCGCGGCGCACUGCACACAGCUGACGCACCUGUACCUGCGGCGGUGCGCACGCCUCACCGACGAGGGCCUGCGCUUCCUGGUCAUCUACUGCCCAUCCGUGCGUGAGCUGAGCGUCAGCGACUGCCGAUUCGUCAGUGACUUCGGCCUGCGGGAGAUCGCCAAGCUGGAGGGCCGCCUGCGCUACCUCAGCAUCGCACACUGUGGCCGCGUCACCGAUGUGGGUGUGCGCUACGUGGCCAAGUACUGCGCCCGCCUGCGCUACCUGAACGCGCGCGGCUGUGAGGGCCUGACGGACCACGGUCUCGAGCACUUGGCCAAGGGCUGCCCCAAGCUGAAGUCCCUGGACAUCGGCAAGUGCCCGCUGGUGUCAGACGCCGGCCUAGAAGUGCUGGCGCUCAACUGCUUCAACCUGAAGCGGCUGAGCGUGAAGGCGUGUGAGAGCGUGACAGGCCGCGGCCUGCAGGUGGUGGCGGCCAACUGCUUCGACCUGCAGCUGCUCAACGUACAGGACUGCGAUGUGCCACUAGAAGCGCUGCGUUUUGUCAAGCGCCACUGUAAGCGCUGCAUCAUCGAGCACACCAACCCGGCCUUCUUCUGAGAGCCACGGCGGACACUGACAUGGGCAGGUCGAAGGCAGCGUGCCACUUCGUUCUAAAGCCAGAUACAGAAAACAGUAAUUUUCAGGAAUAUUUCCACUAAACUUGCUCAUUCGGCUGAAGGGAAUGAAUGUUAAUGUGGACUACUUGGUUGAUUCGUGGUUGUCUAAUGUUAAGUAGCCUGCUUUUCAUUCAGUAUUAGUAAAGCUAGCAAUUUUGGUUGGUGUAUUCCAGUAACCUCUGGAUACAUUAAAAUGUAUAUCCACUAAAGGAAGUAAUCAAAGCUUUGAUCAUCUUGUUUAUUGCCACUGUACAUCUUCAUUGGGUAACACUUUACACUUCAAGCCCACUUUUACAGCACAACUGUAGCACUAAUUACAGUGUAAUAUACUGAGUACCAGUGUGUAAUGAAUAGUUUUGUGUAUCGACAUUAAACAGGUCUCUGCACUUGUUCUGUUCACAUUGAUACUGCGUCUUCCAUUAUGUAAGUGUCAGUGCAUUGUUAGAUGUUGUUUUUCAGUUGUCAGUCUAUUUUCAUAAAUACUGAAGAUAAAACAUAAAGCAUUUGUCCUUGUUUGUGUGAAAUGGCAUUAAAAUGUCUGUCAAAACCAACACCAGAUUUUUGGAGCAAAAUCAGCAUAAUGUAUCCAGGCCUGAAGUAUCACAGAUGGAGACAUCCACUGCCAAUUCAUUUCAUUUUAGUGUUUUUAAGGGACUUUUUGUGUUUUAAUCCAUAUUUAUGCUUUCUUUGUAUUUUCUGAAACCUUCUCCUUACAAAUGUCUGACUAUAUUACAGGUAACAUGUACAGUGGUUUCUAUUCUAUUUCAAAGGGAUGAAUGAACUGGUGAACAAGGCAGUUUGUGUGUCUGUUGGACAUGGAAGAACCAGUGACGUGUAAUAUAAACAAUAAAUCAUGACGUUCACUUUUAAUUUUACACUCUACGUAAUAGAAUAUCUUGACCCUACUCGUCUACAUUUAAAUCCUACAUAAUGUUUACAUUUGAUUUCACAAUGCUAAAUGUUAAGUGUUUGGUAUGAUUCAGAUGAAUUAAAUAGAAUUUUUUUAAUGAAAAUUUUAAAGAAAAUCAUUUUUACUUAAAUAGUAGCAUGCCAUAAUACAUGGGCUUGCCAAGUGAAUGGACCCUUAGCUAGAGUAGCUAAUGGAUCUUUGCUAGAGUAACUGGGUUCAGUAUUCAGAUGACUUCCUCUUCCCAUUCUGAUUGUAUAGGCCAUGCAGCCAGUCACGUGACACCUAGUGACCCAGCAAUAUGCAACCAACAUGGAAAAAAUCUUGCAAGCUUUUGUGCUGGCUAUGGCUGUUUCAGUGCCAAGACAAUCCAUCAAGCAGUGCCUUUUUUUUCUUAACAAUAAAAACAGUCUAAAUAAUGGUCAGUAAUGCUUGUUUCAGGCAUUUAAAAAGAGAGAACAUUAUGGUGGAUAAAUAAAGAGAUCAAAGCUAUA